AUGAUUAUAAAUAAACAUUAUCAAAAUAAUGGUUUAAAAAAUAAUAAUAAUAGAAACAAUAUUAAUAAUAUUCAAGUUAAAAAUAACAAUAUGUCUCUGAAAAUUUAUAGUGAUACAUGUAGCGAUAAUUAUAAUGCACAAUAUAAUAAUCACAAUCAUAUUAAUAAUAAUUUUUCAAAUAAAAUUCAAUCACUCACAAUUCAAGAAUAUGAUCACAAUAAUGAUAAUAAUAAAUAUAAUAACAGUAAUGAUAAAAUAAAUUAUAAUAAUAAAAAUAUUGAAACUAAUAUUAAUUCCCUACCAUCACCCCCUCAACACACAAAACAACCACAUAACCACUUAUCACAAUCACACACAAACACACAACCACCAACACACACAGAAAAUAAUGAAAACAAAUUUGGGGCUUCUAUUUUUAAAUCUAUUAACGAAAAUUAUAAUAAUAUAAAUAAUAAUAAUAAUAACAUUAAAAACUUCAAUUUUAAUGAUAACAUAAAUAAAAAUUUUUUUGAAAAUAAUAUUAAUUGUAAAAAUAAUAAUUGUAAUAAUAAUAAUAAUAAUAGUAGUAAUAUAGCUGAUAUAAAUAAAAAUAAUUUAAAUAAUAAAAAAAGUAUAAUAAUAGGAAGUAGUUAUAAUUUAAAAGUUAAUAAUUAUUUAAAUACAAAAACAGAUACAAAUACAAAUACAAAUACAAAUACAGAUACAGAUACAGAUACAAAUAAUAAUAAUAAUAAUAAUAAUAAUAAUAAUAAUAAUAAUAAUAAUAAUAAUAAUAAUAAUAAUAAUAAUAAUAUUAUAGAUUGUGAUAAUAGUGAUAGUAGUAGUGAAAGUAGUAGUGACAGUUUUACAAGUAAUAGUGAUAAUUAUUUAUCAUAUGAUUGUUAUAGUGACUCAAGUAGUAGUUUAAAUAGUAAUAAUUAUCCAGCAAAUAGUAGUAGUAAUAGAAAUACACAAAUAUUUACAAAUAUUAAUUUUAAUAAAAAUAAAAAUCAAAUGAAUGAAACAUUAAAUAUUGAAUCAUUAAAUAAUUAUUUUGUAAAUUAUUUUCAGGAUUCAUUAGAUAUAGAACUUGUUAAAAUUCAUUUAAAUAGUGGUUAUUUUAUUGCUGGUUCAAAUUGUAGUGGUAGUUUAGAAAUCAUACUUAAUAAUGAUAUAAAGACAGCUGGUAUCAAUUUAAAGUGGAAAGCAUUCGAGCAUGUUAUAGUCUGUCAAUCCAAUACAAAAUCAUCAAAUAGUAUAUCAAAAGAUCCAUCCUUUGAAAUUAUUGAUGCCUCAUCUAUGGUCUCUGCAUAUAGUUUAAAAGAAAGUAGUAGUUCAAUUACAAGUGGAAAGGGAUCAACUAUCUCAAAAUCAAGUACAAUUGCAAAGAAUUUAAAGGUUUUAAAAUCCUUAAAGAGUGGUGUAAACACAAUUAAAAAUAGUGGUAGUAUCAAUAGCUUUUUAAAGAUCUCUUCCUCCUCAUCCUCAUUCAACCUACAAAACCACUAUGGCAUUCAAAAUAAUGAAAAAUGUCAACAAAAGAAAAUCAUUUAUAAAACUACAGAAAAUAUUUUCAAUACUGAUGACACUGAUGGUAUUAUGGGUGCCGGCACUCAUAUCAUCCCAUUCAGCUUCCCCAUCCCAUCCCAUUUACCAAGUUCUUUUUGUGACUAUAGCUUUGAUAAAGAAACAGGUGAAAAAAUCAUUUCUGCAGUCCUCUACCGUUUAUCUGUAUCAUUUGUAGAAUCAGUUCAACAGUUUAAAUUAAAGAAAUCAUUUUCAGUUUGCGAGCCAUCUAUCGUAUCAGCAAGUGUAAAUGAAAUACCAUUAAAGAGUGAAAAAAGAAAAUCAUUCAUUGGCACCUCUGGUUUUGUGCAUCUUAAAGUUUUCCUAAAGAGAAAUGUCUUUUUCCCAGGAGAAAAGAUACCCAUUCAAAUUAAAAUUGAAAAUUCAACUUCAAAAAGUGUCGAAUAUGUUCAAGUUUCAAUAAAGAAGAUUCAAACUCUUUUAUUAAACAAAAGUGAUUUCUUGAACAGCGCUUUAAAUCACAGUGGUAGUAUUGACAAGGAUUCAUUAUUAACAAUAAUAGACGACAAGGACGUAAAUGAUUUGGAUUCAGUAGAUGAAAAUGAAUCUACCAUAUCAGAUUUCAACAAUAAAAACCAUGGCCAUCACAAUGCAAAUGGAAAUGUAACAGUAGUUAGCGAUGGUAAAGAUGGUAAAAAAAUAUGUAAAAAAACUUCAAUCAAAACUCUUCAAAAAUAUGGUGGAUGUUCAUCUCAUUCCAAUUAUAACGAAGUAAUAUCAUUUAACACUGACGAAAUUAAAUCAUGUAAUCAAACUACAAAUGGUUCUUUGAUCAAUUGCAAAUACGAAUUAAUUAUUCAAUGUGUUAUAAAAAGAACAUUGCAUUCAGUAAGAACUAAAGUACCAAUAUUAUUUGGUAAUUUACCUUCAAAUGAUGCAUCAACUUCAAUUUUUGAAGAUGAAUAUAAAUUAUAUUUAUUAAAUAUUUAA